CAGCGAAAACGCUUUUCGCGGCCACGGUCGUCCGGGCCGCCGCCCGUCCUCGCCGCUACCAACCGCCGCCGACGCGUUAUCACAAGUUCCGACGGACGAGCUGCAGCGUUUGUUAUUAUAGCAGACGUCUACUACGCGGUGGUUCGCGAUCGAUUCGAACGUUCGGCGGCGUACGGUGGGGGACCGGGGAGGACGCGGUAACCGCUAACAGAUCCGUUCACACAAAUAAAGACGCAGUCGGACGGCAUUCGCUCGCACGCCGUUCACCGCGACCGACCGACGGCCACCGUUUUUGGCGGCCACAGCGGACAUACUACUGAAACCGGUACCACCCGUACUGCGACGCGAAUUUAUUCCAUAAUAAUAUUAUUAUUACCUGCAGCACGUACAACAAAGACUCCAUCAUGAGCGACUCCGUGCCGAUACCUCCGGCCGUCAUGUUUUUCAACGGCGGGUUUGCCGCGUAAGUAUAUACCACCUACAUUCACCAAUCCCUGUGGCCCUGUCUCUCGCCUGGGUCCCGGAACCCGCCGGAAUGGCCUUCACAGUCAUCACGUACCCUUUUUAUUGUACAGGACCGCGGCCACUGUUAUCGUGCACCCUUUGGACGUGUUGAAAAAUCGUAUGCAGAUGGCCGGACGCGAUCUGACCGCUACCGAAGCGCAAAAAUCCAUGGGCGGCAUCAUACGGUCUAUGGUCAAGGAAAAGGGCGUAGCUGCCUUCUAUCCGGGGCUGACCGCCGGCAUGCUCAGACAAGCGACUUACUCUACUACCCGGUUGGGCAUGUACAACUCUCUGAUCGCCUUCAUGACCGGGUGAGUUCGGCCGAAAACUCAGAAUGAUGGUAGAUCUGACCGCGGUCAUUUUCUUCUAGGGAAGACAAAAAACCACCCAGUCUGUUGGUCAAGAUGGGUAUAGGCUUGGUAUCCGGAUUAACGGGUGCUGCCGUAGGUACUCCGGCCGAAGUAGCACUCAUACGGAUGACGUCUGACGCGCAACUGCCUUUGGCUGAAAGACGCGGUUACACUAGUGUCGUUAACGCAUUGGCUAGGAUAGCCAGAGAGGAGGGCAUUGCUACAUGGUGGAGAGGAUGCAUUGCUACUAUGGGAAGAGCGGCUGUUGUUAACAUGGCUCAACUUGCAUCAUACUCACAGGCAAAAGAAAUGUACCUAAAAAGUGGUAAGUCACAAAACACUGGUUAUUUCAGUAGGUAUUUUAAAGUGAAGAUUAAUGUGAUUAUUAUUUGAUGAAACAUACCCACUAACAAUUUAUAAGAAAUGUAUUAACUCAAUGCCAUUGAAAUAGUUAAAUUAUAUUUUAUAUAACUAUUCGUGCAACAUGUUACAUGUUGUAAACAAUGCAUUGUUAAAAAUACACUUGCAACAGUUACGUAAUUAAUUUUAUAACAGAAUUGAAUUAUGUUGACAGUGUAGAUAUAUCUAGUAUAUUUUUCAUAUUACUAUUAAUUAUUUUAAUACCUCGCUAAUUUUAUUUAAAAACACCAAAUACUUGUUUCAUUUUAUUAUAGGUAGUAAAAUAAAUUGUUUAAACAAAUGUAAACAAUUCCAGAAGUGUAAAUUAUUUUAUUUGAUUACUUUUUUAUUUGACUUAUUUAUUAAAAUGUACAUACAUUUUAAAAUAUUAAAUACAUAUAAAUUGUUAUAAUUAAAACAUAGAAGUGUUAAGUUAAAUUUAUAGUUAAAAUUGUUUCAAUUAAGUUAUGAAGUCUGCAAUUAUCAUUCUGGCAGUAAUUACCAUAUUACGAAUCUUUCAUGUAGAUAAAAUAAUAUAUUAUUUUUAAAUUUAAAAUAAUUAAACCUAAAUUGAACUAAUUUAAAAGAGAUCUUUCAUUUCUAUUUGUAACUGUAUUUUUAAUUUUGUUUAUCAUUUAUUUUAGUUUUUACUUAAUAUACCAUUUAUGUAAUUAAUGAAUCAUUAAUGUGUGUAUUAAAUAAUUAUUUUAAAUAUUUUAUAUUUUUAAAAUACAAUUCACCGUCAACAUUUAUUUAUUUAGAAUUAAACAGGUUUUCUAUUAAUUAUUUAAAAACAUAAGCAGAAAUCCUUGGGCUAAAACCUCUUAAAUAUUGUAUGAGUUUCAUAUUAUAAUACCUUAUUAUUUAUUGUUAUUAUUAUUAUUUUGUCAAUAACAUUGAAAUGGAAUUAGCUUUAUCUGUAGUUAAGUUUUCUCCAUGACUAAAGCAAAGAGAUUUCUAGAGUCUUGAAAUAAUAUAUCCUAUGGCAUUAACAUUGGUUUAAUUUUUUUUAUAGUAUACUAUUCGCUAUAAUAAUAUUGUAAUUUAUUAUGAAUAUGUUUUAAUAAGUUAUGAUCUAGUUCAGAAGUAUGUGAGGUAUCCAAAAAAAACUAAAAUUAAUAAUAAAAAAAAUAAGUGUUGUACAAAUAUUGAGCACAUAAAAUAUUCUUUGACUGAAUAACUUAUAUAUAAUUAGUAAUAAAUUUACGAAUAUAACUACAAACAAAUUUAUUAGGAAAGUUAUUUGUUAUAUUUAGUGAAGUAGAAAAAGUUUCUAUUUAUAUAGUAGGUAUAACAAAAGUUUAUAAUAUUUUGAUUAGUUAAUUUAUAAUCAGAUUAAAUAUGUAUUAGUUAAUAUUCAAAGAUUUAUUUAACUGAUAAUUGACAUCAAAUGUAUGUUUUAGGUUAUUUUCAAGACAACAUCGUUCUUCAUUUUGCUUCUUCAAUGACCUCAGGUGCUAUUACUACCUUAGCAUCACUGCCAGUGGAUAUUGCCAAAACAAGGUAUAAAUAAUUAUUAAUUAAAUAUAAUUAAUAAUAUUGAAUGUAUAUAAUAAUAAUUGAAUAUUAUAUUUUUUCGUUAUUUAAGAAUUCAAAGCAUGAAAAUAAUUAAUGGAGUACCAGAAUAUACUGGUACAAUAAAUGCAAUGGCCAAAGUUGUGAAGAAUGAAGGAUUUUUCAAUUUAUGGAAAGGCAUCAUACCGUAUUUUGCACGAAUUGGACCUCACACUGUUUUAACGUUUAUAGCUUUAGAGAAAAUUAACGAAGCUUAUAAAGUUGCAAUUUAUGAUCGUCAGACGAAAAAAUAAUUUAUUAUUGCUAUCAUAAGUAUUUAUACGUUUUUAUGCAUACAUUCUAAAAUUUAUUUUUUCGUUGUUUUCAUUUUAUCAAGUUUUUUUUUGUUAAAUAUUUGAUGUAGUUAUAUGUGUAUUUUAUUUUAUUUUUGAAACCAAGAAUUACCUAUUUAAACUGUUAUUUCGUUAAAUUUUUUACAGAAAUAAUAAUUAAAAAUUAAAAAUAUACAAUAAGACUGUAAUAGAUUAGGAAUGAGCAAAUACAUAAUAUUAUAUAUAUAUAUAUUAUAUGUGAUAAAAUAUUUAUUAAACCUUAACUAGCCGAGGAGGCAAUUUUUUCAAUAUGCCGAACUGCGUCUUUUAACUUGAAUACCAGUUCUUGCAGUUGCUGUGGAUUGCAGACAAAAUCAAUAUAUUUUAUUGUGCCAUUAUCGAUUGUCUUCAGCCGCACUUUAUAUAAGAAUUCAGAUACGUCAUCAAAAACACUAGACUAAAAAUAUAAAAUUUAUAUUAUUAUAUGUAAUAGUGAUA